CUAUUGACUAUUGUAUGUGGCUAACAAGAAUAAUAAGGUGAACGAAGGCCUAACACCAAGAACUUAGUGUCAGAACGUUACCCGUGCGGGUGUCCACUCAGUUCAGAAGUUCAGAUUUUAUUACGGACAUUCAUUUGACAAAAAUGAUUUGGACAAAAAAUUAGACAUAAAUAAAGUAAUAAAGUGAUCUGCCUUUGCCUUCUGCAGUCCGUAUAUAUUACUGCUAAUUAAUAAAGUCAAGUACUUACAAAAACAGUAGGCCUACUGCUGUGAAUGUGAAAUGUGUGUCACUAACUUUCAUUAACUUUUCAUUAAGUCUAAGUUGACUUAGUUAGUCAACUUAGACUUAUGACUAAGUAAAAUGAUAAAGUGAGACUAAUAAUAAUAAUAAAUAGUAUGUGAUUCGUGAUUGCCUUUUCAAAGCUUUUCCUUUUUACUUUUAAAAAAAAUUAAACUUUAUUAAAGUAAGAAGUAAUGACUUUAUUAUUUUUUCCAGCCAUUGAUUGAUUGAACUUUGAUUUUGAUAAAAAGUUAAAUGAAAAAUUUGCAUGUUUGAAGUUAAGUGAGGAAUAAAUUUAAGUUAAACUUUAAAUGAUUUAGAAUUUAGAGCAGGGUGGCCAACCCAAAUAUAAAACUUUUAUUAUUAAAAGUAAAAGGCUUCACGGGCCACUUUAAUUAUUUUAAUAGCAAAUAAACAUUUCGUUAACUGUAACUGGAUGUCAAUGACAAUGUCAUUACACCUUAUUAAUUAUAGUGCUAACUUAUAAUAAAUAUAUUAUAAAUAAUUAAAAUAAACUUCCACUAAUUGCUGUAAUUUGUUAAGAACGAAGACGUUUCUUUAGGAUAAAAAUAAAACAGGGAUUACUGUGCUGCACAAUAAUAUUUGAUGUGAUACUAAUGACCAUGAGAAUGUCUGUUCAGCUUAGAGGGUGUUAGUAUUAAUAUUAAAAACUGUAACCUAUGAAUAUGUAACUAAUGUCUAAUGUGGCUUAGUAUAUAGUCUAUACUACAGUUAUCAAAUGAAAACGUAAAAUAUAAUGCAUUUAUUUUUCAUUUCCUCCUAGCUUUUUCAUAUGAAGACUAACAGACAAGAGAUACACUGAAGACAGUUCAAUUAAAUCUGUUUAAAAAUGUCUUUUGAGGGGUGAGUAUGACUUUUAAAAAUAUUUGUUUCUUGUCUCCCCCUUGGGAUUAAAAACAUUUCAGGUAAUUUUACUUUUUUACCUAAGAUUUCAACACUCUAAAUUAUUAAUAUAAUAAAUAAAAAUGGUUUGAUGGAAACUUUUGGUCAGUUCAUUCUGAUUAAAGAUUUUAAUAUUAGAAAUAAAUGUUGUUGUACUUGUACUGGCUAUCAUUUAUUCAGAGUUCUUUCAAAAAAAUCUAAACUAAAAAUACCAUAAAUAAAUGUUUAUCCUCAGGUUAUAACAGAACAAUUUCAAUAAAAACUGGAAAUAAAAAUAAUUUAUUAAUUGAUCAUGUUUUUUAAUUUGUCCUAGAUUUAAAGCAAGGCAUUCUACAGUUGCUCCAUCUAGAGUAGAAAGAGAAAAUCGAGGAUUCACAGAUGAUCAACGGUAUCAUAGCAUAAUUUCUUUUUACAGCUAAAUUAAAAAAACAUUUCGUUAUAAAUUGGCAUCUGAUUAAAAUCAAAGACAGGGUAUUUCAGAUACCUCAAAGUUUAUAUUUAAAUUAUAAAAAAGCUUGCCUGAUUACUUUAUUUGAGCUCAGUCAAAUAACAACAUGAUUUUAAAAUGUUUUCUGCUUGUAAAUGUUGUUAUUGAAGCUAUAAAUGUUGUGGUGAUAGUUGCAAGUUUAUGAAUAUGCCUAUUAGGUUGGAUAUACUUUUAAACCACCUUGCAUCCUUAUAAAGUGCAUCAUUUAGGGAUCAGAGGGAGCACCUGUUAUCCAAUGACUCUCAAAGAUGGCGACUUUUAGAAAAUAAUUAUUUUUCAAGUUCUAGUAAACAUUUUAAAACCCGAAUAGGAGCCUAAUUUUUUAAAAGGAUUUAAAGGCUUCAGUCGCCAAAUACUGUCUUGCAAGAUAAUUCUAUAAUUACCUAGAUUUCAUUAAUAUAAAAUUAUAAUGUAAGGUUUUAUUGAUCCACUUAAUCAGAAAUAUAAAGUAAUUUUAUGAAUGGUUAGAGUUACUGCACCCACAUAAAUGAGAUAAAUGUUUAAAACUCUUUCAGUGGUAGAUUACCCGAGGAAAGGUUUGGUGAAAGAAGUAGAGGAAGAGGUGGAGCAAGGGGAGCAAUGGACCACAGAAGAGGAGGAGGAUUUCGUGGAAGCCUUGAGAGAAGAUAUAGAGAAGACGAUGAAGGAAACAGGAAUGACAGCGGAGCUAGAAGAAGUAACAGAGAAGGUGGGGAGCGUAUGGUUAGACCCAUGACAUACGGGAGGCUGAAGACAUGGGCGGAGACUGCAGAUGCCGGGCAGCUGAUCCUCUUUAUGGCAACUGAACGCAAACAGGUAGAGAAUUUUCUCAAUGAGGAGAGGAUCAAAGAAGACUGGUGCACGCUGUUUGUUAAAGCAGUUGCCCACGGCAUUACGGCGCAGCACCAGAAGGAGUCCAUUAAACAAGUCCUGGAUGUCAUCUGCCAGAGUCGUUUCCUGGAUCAACAUUUGAUUAUGUAUGUCACUGAUAAAGAAAUAAGUGGGUCAUACUGGCAAGAUGCCCUCAAAUUUUUUACAUCAAUGGUCAGUAUAUUGAAAGAAGUGCUGGACAAGCUUCCAAAAUAUGCUUUUAAGUGUACGAUGGCGAGCUCACACCUUCUAAACACGGCAAUUGCCAUUGAUAACAUUAGUCAAAAUCAGACAUUGCUAGACUCUAUAAAAGAACUAUUAAUAAAAACAAAAGCAGUCCGUAAGACAGAAAUAGAGAAAGAAUCUGUUAAAAAGGCUGGAAAAUUUAUGGAAGGAGGCAAAAAUGACAAGCCACCAGAUAAUUUUCUAGAGCUGUCCAUUGUUCCAACAGCCCAUGAUCUGAAAGCAGACGCAAAUCCAUUCGUCAGAUGUGCAGUCACAGAUGGGGCUUAUGAUGAUGCCCAACAUUAUCUGGACAUUCAGUUCCGUCUCAUGAGGCAGGAUUUUAUCUUCCCCUUGAGGCAAGGUAUAAAUGAGUUCAGAGCUGCCGGGUGCAAAAAAAAUUUCAACUGUUCUGAUUUGAGGUUAUACUUUGAUGUUCACAUCGUAGGUACGGUGUUUAAAGAUGGCAUUGAUCACAUUCUACAAUUUGAUGUCUCAAAAUUAGCUUCUGUCAAAUGGGAAUUCUCAAAACGUUUGAUUUUCGGAUCCCUCUUGUGUUUAUCAAAAGACAACUUUGAGACAGUAAUUUUUGCAACAGUGGCUCACCGCGAGGUUGGUCAGCUGGCCAAAGGAAAUAUCACAGUAAAUGUGAAAAGUGGUUUGGACCUAGUGUUCAACUCAACAUCAAAUGAUGUUUAUGUCAUGGCAGAGACGACAGCUUACUUUGAGUCCUAUUGUCAUGUCCUAGAAGGUCUUCAGGAGAUGAUUGAUAAUCUUCCUUUGCAAGAUUAUAUCAUUAAAUGUAAAAAGGAGUUGAAACCUCCAAAAUACCUUCUCCCAUCAGGCGGCAUCAUGAGACUGCCUGUUUAUAACUUAUCGUGUUUAAUGCUUCAUGAAGAUUUUCAUGAAUACCCGGUACUAACCACUGUAAAAUGGCCCCAGCCUGAGUUAAUGCGUCUGAAUCGAUCCCAGAGAGAGGCUGCUAUGUUAGCACUGACCAAAGAACUUGCUGUCAUACAAGGACCCCCUGGAACGGGAAAGACAUAUGUCGGCCUGAAAGUCAUGCAGGUUCUGUUAGAAAACAAAAGUGUUAUGGCCGGCAAUGAAGAAAAUGCAGAUGACCCAAUUCUUGUUGUCUGUUACACAAACCAUGCCUUGGACCAGUUUCUGGAGGGAAUUUUAAGUUUUUGCUCCGAUGGAAUAGUUCGAGUUGGUGGAAAAAACAAGAGUGAAAAGCUAGAGAAAUUUAAUAUAAAAAAUCUCAGACAAAGAUUAAGGGUGGAAAAAAAAUUCUCUGAUCUUUCUGUUAGAAACUCAAAAUAUGAAUGUAACAGAGAGCUAGAGGCUGUGUCAGAUAAGAUAAGUAUUCUGAACAAGACGAUGGAGUUGGUUGAGACCGUGAUUCAGACGGAAGACGUCUUGAAGAAGGUCAUGGGUGGAGAUCAUUAUGAGUCCCUUUGUGACGGCGCCCCUAACAUGGAAUCUGGCAAGCAGAAAAUGAGGCUUUGGCUCAAUGCUUCCAAUGAUACGCCGCAGACUGUGCUUCCCGGGAUGAUAAAAAAUCACCUGACCAAACUUGUUUUGAAAUGGCCUGAGCCGGCGACGGCCAUGGGACUGAUGGAAAACAUGAACAUUGUGCAGAGAGCAAACCUUUAUCAGAAAUGGUUGUCAAACAUCAGGGAUCUGCUUCACCAAAAUAUGGCAUUUCUGACAAACCAGGGUGGGUUUUCACAGGUUCACCAAAUGAACGGACAGAUGGGAGAAAUCACUAGUAUUAUGAACGCUUCCUAUGAAAGAAUUCUCUCAGAUUUUGAAAUGCAAAUGAUUCUUCCUGAACCAGUUUUUAGAGACAUUAAUGGUUAUAUUAGAACAGGCACAAAAAGAAGUCAUGCUCCCUUGGGAUCUGUAGUGGAGACAUGGCUUCUGGGACUGAACAAAAGUCUUCACGAUCAGCUGGACGAUAUUCAAGUCCUGACCAACAUCUUGGCCGGUGUGGAUGUGAAAGAGGAAAUAUUCGAUGAUGCUGAAGCUUCAAAACAAGAACAGGAUGCAAGAAUAAUUGAUGAUGAUGAAGACGACGGAGGGGUAAAUUACAGCUCGAAAGUAAAAGCUGCAAGAGACAAUAAUUUUGUUUCCAUCAUACAGCGGGCAGAGAUGCUUGGGAUUCAGGAGGACAUUCAAGAAGAGGUAAAUGAAGGAGGGUGGACAGUAAAAGGCAGAAGACCAUUAAGUUUUGGUAGAAUUCGAAACAAGCUCAUUUCAAUUUCUCCGAUGAGUGAAGAGGAGGAGAAUGAUGUCGUGGAUUUGUGGACACUGGAUUUGAAUAAAAAGUUUGCCUUGUAUAAUCGGUGGAUUACAAAAUACAAAGUGAGUCUUACAGAAGAAAUGGAAAAGUUAGUGGAGCAGUACAAGUCUGCCUAUGAUCGCAAAACAGAAGCAAAUAGAGAAGAAACACUGGCAUUGCUGAAGUCAGCCAAAGUCAUCGGUAUGACAACCACUGGGGCAGCCAAACACAGGGCCGUACUCCAGGCUCUGGGCUGUAGGAUCAUUGUGGUGGAGGAAGCUGCAGAAGUUCUGGAGUCUCACAUCGUGACGGCCCUCAACAAGAAAUGUAACCACCUAAUAUUGAUUGGCGACCACCAACAGUUGCGUCCUAACCCAGCCGUCUAUGAAUUAGCUACAAAAUAUGGCCUGGAGAUAUCUCUGUUCGAGAGAUUUAUUAAAAAUGAUGUGCCACAUGUGCUGCUUCAAGAACAGCACCGAAUGCGACCAGAGAUUUCAAAGAUAAUGAGGCACAUCUAUAGUAAACUUGAGGAUCAUUCUUCUGUGUUUAAGUAUGAUCAUAUUCGUGGAGUUGGCAAAGAUGUUUUUUUCAUCAACCAUACAGAGAAAGAAGAAAAAGUUGACGAUACAAGGAGCAAAGCCAACAUACAUGAAGCCAAGUUUUUGAUUGCACUCUAUAAAUAUCUUCUGUGUCAAGGAUACGAAGCCAGCCAGAUAACGAUCUUAGCAACUUACGCUGGUCAAGUGUUUGCCAUUAAGAAAAUCCUCAGAGAGCAAAAGGGAGAAGAUAUUGGUAAAGACUUUCAACAGGUACGUGUAACAGCAGUUGACAAUUUCCAAGGAGAAGAGAAUGACAUAAUUCUUCUCUCCCUUGUCAGAAGUAAUGAACAGAAUAAUGUGGGCUUUUUGAAAGUGGACAACAGAGUUUGUGUGGCAUUGUCCAGAGCAAAGAAAGGGCUUUUUGUCAUAGGCAACUUUAAUGUACUGCGCACUCAAAGCAAGCUAUGGGAAAAAAUAAUUCAAACAGCAGAUAAUGAUAAAAUAUUUGGAGAUGGUCUGGAAGUUGUUUGUCAGAACCACCCAAAUAACAAACAACUUAUGCUCUUUGAUACUGAUUUUGACAAAUGUCCUUAUGGAGGCUGUGGUCAAGCCUGCGGUUACCGACUUGAGUGUGGCCAUGUCUGUGCAAGACUCUGCCAUGGUUAUGAUGUUGAACACAAGGAUUACAAGUGCAAAAAGCCAUGUGCCAAACUCUGUACCUCGGGUCACAAGUGUUCUCGCCUGUGCUUUCAGGACUGUGGUGAUUGCAUUGUGAAAGUUCCAAAAAUUAUUCCCAUUUGUUACCAUGAAGACCAGGUGCCCUGCCAUCUGACUCCCAUCAAAGCUGUGUGCUCGAAACCCUGCUCCGCUGUCCUGGACUGUGAGCACCAGUGCUCCGGCUCUUGUGGCCAGUGUAGGAAAGAUGCAAAGCAUAAAAAGUGCUUGAUGAAAAUACAGUACUGUUGGCCUUGUGGACAUGUGGGCUCAAUUGAAUGUUAUUUGAAAUCUUCACAUGUGGAGUGUCAGAAGGUGUGUGGCUCUGUCUUAGGCUGUGGACACCCUUGUAAAGGUAAAUGUUCCAACUGCCUGGAAGGAGCAGUUCACGUGGCUUGUGAAGAGCCCUGCGGCAAGUCUCUACCCUGUGGACACAAGUGUAAAGGGUUCUGUGGAGCUCCUUGUUUACCUUGCUCAGAAACUUGUCCAGUAGAGUGUGAACAUGGAUCUUGUAACACACCCAACUCUGUUAAACUCUGCAGCCACUCCUGUCCUCCUUGCCUUGAGCCGUGCACACAUAAAUGCCUCCAUGUUGACUGCCCAAAACCUUGCUCGGAAAUGUGUGAUUCUGAACCAUGUUCAAUGAAAUGUAAACGAAAAGUUCACAUUUGCUCAGAAAAAUGCGGUGGUAAAAAAAAAUGUUACUUAAAAUUACAAAAUUGCAACCACAUCUGUGCUGGGAUUUGUGGUGAGCUGUGCGUGUGUGCAUCCUGUGAACAAAUCUACACCAUCAGCAAGAAUAAUAAAUCCGACCCUACGAAAGGGGAAGCUGCAUCAAGUACGUUAUCAGAUGCCCAAGAUUUACAGCUAAACCCAAAAACCAACACAAAAGGAUUAAUUAUCAAAAUUCCCUCAUGUUCCCAUAUUUUUUAUGUCAAUGAGUUGGAUGAGUACCUACAAAACUUUGAUGCCAAGGGCUCAAGUUUUCUCCCCUGUCCUGCCUGCUCAAAACCUAUCAUGAAAUGUAAGAGAUACGACAACUUAAAUAAGGCAAGAAGUCAAAGAAGGGAAUAUCUUAAAGCAAAAUUAAGAAAACAGAAUGAAAUCACCAAACUAGAUUUCAGUAAAUUAUUAAUGUCACAGAGGAAAAUUGAAGAUCCUCAGUUGACAGGUUUCAAAUAUUUGGAAGUGGAUAAGGUUAAGAAUGAAUCAGAAAAAGAAGCCAUAUCUUUUCAAUUGAAAUGUGCUUUUGUCUUGGGUGAUAUAUUUUCACUUGAAAAGGACAUGGAUUCAUUAAAAAUGUUGAACUUCAGAAAAAAUGCUGUUCUGAAGAUCUCAAAACGAGUUACACAACAACAGAAGCGUGAGUUCACCACAGAGCUGCUCCGGUGUUUAGAGUUAGCUUACAUGACACAGCUCAACACUCUGGUCACUUUGCAUGAUAUCGAAAUUCCAACUAAUCUCAAAUCACAAGUGAAGGAAAGCUUGGAUGCUCUGGGUGUGCUUAAACCUAACUCAGAUGACCAAGAGCGGGCACAUUUUGUCAUUGUAUCAGUUAGGAGGCUGGUCAAGGACCAUGUUAACGCUGCAACUGUCCAGGCUCAAUGUCAGCUGAUGGAGGAAGCCUAUGAAAGGUCAAGGAAGGUGCUCCUGUCAAAGGAUGAAGAGGUAGGAUUACAAGCUGAUUACUGAAGAAAUAAUUGUAAUUUAUGGCCGCCAAGACUUAAUUGCUAACUAAUAUUCUGAGUAAAUGUCUAAGUAAAAAUGAAAUGACUAAUUAUUAACAUUUAAGGUCAUGGCAUUUAGAAUGUGUGUGUGCAUCUUUUGACAUCAGUUUCAUCAUUCUGUUUUAUUUUUCCUAGAUGCUGUGUGAAAUAAUUAAAACUGAAGCAACAGUCAAGGCAUCUUAUGUUUCUGCUAGGACUGAUGCACAGAGAAGCUUCACUCUCACUUCUGCCAUUAGGACUGAUGCACAGAAAAGCUUGGCUCUCACGUCUGCCAUUAAGACUGAUGCAUCGAGAAGCUUGGCUCUAACUUCUGCCAGUAGGACUGAUGCACAGAGAAGAUUGGCUCUAACUUCUGCCAUAGCAAGACAAAGGUAAAGCAGAUUAACUGUUUGCAACCUCAUAAUGCUGUACUUAAUAUUCUAACUGCAUUUAAAAUAUAAUAUCUUCUCUGGGCAUGUUCUUAGGAAAACGAUUUGGUGAGGAAGAUUGUAUACCAAUAUGUUAAGAAAUUAAAAUGUUAUAAUUUUUUCAUAACUCAUGUAACACAGCAAAUAAUAUUUAUUAGUGUCAUAUUUCCAGAUGAUGAUCUAUUUAAUAUUCAGCAGUUUACAUUUCUAUGGAAUCAAUCAGGUUAAAUAGCCAACACACCACUCAGUCAUUUUUCUUUCAUGUACCUGUAAUAACUUGAAUUACUCUAUUGUUUUAAAUAUUAUAUUUUUAUCAUAUUGAAUUAUAUAUUUAGGUACAGAUUGAACUGUUAUGAUGUUUUGGAAACUAUAAGGAAUUCUUUGCCUUUUCUUCUCUAUAUCGUUUACAGAUCAGAUGUAGCCAAGAGAGUAAGCAAUGAUUUUCCUUUAUGGGUCGACUCUUCUUCAGAUUCUGACUAGACAACAAAAUUUUUUUAAAUGAGUGAACCACACAUUUGGUGCACACUUUUUAGAUAUUAACCAUUAAUUUAGAGAGAAAAGUAAAUCUUUAUGCAUAUUUUAGCUGUUCAAUUUAAUUUUGUGUAAACUGCUAAGUUGGCUGACACAUUAAAUUGUGAUUUGAAAUAAAUUUACUUUGGUGUAUGCUUUUGAUUUAAAUGUCAUUCAUUUCUAAGAUCUCAAGUAAGAUCAUCAUUGCAUUUCAUUUGAACAGCAAAGAUUAUAUAUCAUUCAUAAUGUUUUCAAUAUAUUAUUAUUUUGUGCUACAAUUUCAACUGGUGUUGUCCAGGUUCUACAGGGGUGGCUCAAGAAUUUAAUGUAGAAAUCUAAAACUUGAAGUGAAAUAGGUGAAUUUGUGGGAAUUUUACCUAAAAUUUCAUGAAAACAAAGUAAUGUACGGUACAACAAAAUUUCCUCAUCAGAACUCACAUAUUAAUUUAUUUUCAACAUUUCUAUUUUGUUAGUGGCAGAUUGUAAUAACUAAUUCUAAGAAGCCAUGAGAUUAACAAAGUUGCAACCAGCAAUUUACUGGAUUACAUUUUUGUUUAUUUAAAUUACAUUUAAACUCAAAAUAUUUGAGCUACGAUGCCAUUGGACAUUUAUUGUAUAAUGUUGAUCAGUGGCAUAACAAAAUGUUAUUAAAACAAAAUAUUUAUAUUUGUUCCUCAAUAAUACAAUUAAAUGCUAGAAAGUCCUUGCACCCAAUAUAAUUUGAAUGAGAG